AUGAAUGGAAAUGUUAUUCUUUUAAAGAACCCAAGAGAGUCUAAUUCAAAAGAUGACGAUUAUUAUAAAAUAUUCGAUAAGUAUGGAUAUUAUCCAAAUUUUCUUCCUGUAAUAACACAUACAAAUAUUAUCAAUCAAAUCGUCCCAGUUUUAAACGAUUCGGAUUAUUUGGAUGAAUUACCUUUCAUAAUAGUUACUUCACAACGGGCAUUAACUUUUUUAAAUGAAAAAGAUUUAAAUAAUCAAUAUCCAAGUCAAAAUUUUGAAAAAUUAUUAAAUAAACCAGUUUAUACUGUGGGUCCUGCUACUGCUAAAUGUUUGAGAAACCUAAAAUUUAAAGAUAUUAGAGGUACUGAAACCGGUAAUGCAGAAGCAUUAGCCAAAUUAAUUAUAUCUGAAUUAGAUCAAUAUGAUCUUACUCAAAAACCACUAUUUUUAACAGGAGAAAAACAUAAAGAUACUAUUACAAAGGCAUUAAAGACUAAGUUCAAUAUAUCAGUGGAAGAAAUAGUUACAUACAAGACCAUAUCUUUGGAUGAUAGCCUUUUGAGAUUUAAAUCUGUAUUUAAACCAAACUCAUGGAUUAUAUUAUUUAGUCCUCAAGGAACAAAAGAUAUUUUAAAAUAUUUAAAUGAUCAUAAAUUAAACUCAUCACCAUUCCAUCUUGCUGCAAUUGGACCUUAUACUCGUGAAUAUUUGAUUUCUAAUGAUUUAAAGCCUGAUGUAGUGAGCCCUCAUCCCGAUCCAAUUUCUUUGGUAAAUUCAAUCUUGACUUUUUAA